AUGAGCGCCGCGAACGAAAGGCUGCAGGGCGAGCUGGUAGCGAAGCGUAACGCUUAUGACAAUCUCUACGAGCAGCGCUCACAGCUCGAGCAGAGGGCUGAGAAGCUCGAGGAGGACAAGGAACUGAUACGGCAGGAGCUCCUGACGGAACAAAUGAAAUCGCAGCAAUCCGUCAACCAGGCGGGGAAAGUGGCCUUCGCGACUGCACCGGUUCCGAUAAACGCCUGGAAACAGCAAAUCUGUAUCAAGUGCAAAUAUGUCUGGUCUGGAAGAUCGCAAGAUUUGUAUAUGCUCUGCUGACAAAAGACAAAGAGAAAGAUCUGUCAUGCAUAGUAUUACGCUACCAGCAAGCUAUGCUUUUGUGAUGCAAAAUAAAAAAAAAAACAGUUUGUCAUGCAGUCUACGCAAGACCAAGUCGCUCAGAAGCUUGUCAUGCGCGUGUCUACUUAUAUUGUAGGCUGCUUAUGGUUCGCCGCAAACUAGCAUCACAAAUUGAAAUUUCCAGCCCCAGACAUAUUCGCGAUGCAUAGUCUGGGCUUGGCUGCAACAGAUGGGGGAGGGCAGGCUCGCCGUGCUGGACUUGGACCCCGCUGGUGCUGCACACGACCUCCUGCGAACGCCCCAAGACGGUUACGUAUCCGAGAGAUAAAACAAAGCACGCCCAUAUUACCAGAAGAGAAAGAAACUUUCACAGCUGUCACUGCUGGCGCAACGUGGAGCCUUCCUCUGUGAUGGUGAUCCGCCAGAGCGGCGGAGACCUGUCAUGCAGCAAUAAAGCGGAUGUAUGCACUGUCGGAGAUCGAUUCUUGAUCAGAGGAAGAGUUUCUUCAUCUGAAAAUAUGGGUGUACUUUUCUGGUCGAUACCACGAGUUUCCAGGACCGUCGAUUCCGACAGUGGAGGUGGUGAAGAUACUCGCUGCAAAAAAUGUAUCUGGGUCGGGGAACGUGCAAACUUGUGAUGCGGCUUGUCCUUAGAUCUAUCACAAAUUUGUGUAUGUCUAGUUGCGAUUGCAUGAAGAAUUUCUACCAAAAGCUACCCACUUUCGUUUUAUGUUGAGCGGGCGUCCCCAACAUGCAGGAGGGGGUAGGUCUCAGAUCUUGUGAUGCUACGCUCCGCAUUGCCGAGCUCACUGACAGUGGAAAAGCUGCAUGACAGACUCCUGCAGCUUCCCAGACCGCUACCCAGACACAUUUGCAUUCGAUAUGACGGGCGGCGCAUCGAUAUGAAUUUUUUGACCAAUCGCAAAAACUUGCAUUUCCUGGAAGUGAAGUACGACCAGAACAAUCUUCUGAACCCAUGGACCAACUUCCCGCCGUGGCUCCAGCCGGGGUUGCAACAGCAUUCGAUUCCGCGGGCAAACAGAAGGGCGGGGACGCUCGUUGCGCUGCUGCAACGUAACGAAGGCGAGCACAUCGCCGCGGUACCCGUGACGGCGGGGGACGCGUGUACGGGCGGCACAGACCACUCGGGGCGCGAUUCCUUCACGCUCGCCACAGCCGUCGCGCUCUUUGGCACGACCGGCAUCGAAAUCGCGGACAUGGCCCAGAGCAUCCCCCGCAUAUUGAACGAGCGGCGGCUACCCUGAGGAAAAACAUCCCCACCUCCUAGCCAACCGGCUGGGCUGCACUCUCCAACACAAAUCCAGAAGGUAGCUCGGCGGGAUUUUGUGCAGUCGUGCAGGCCUGCGAGGAGAGCAGCACAGCAAAGCCGCUUCCUUAUCUUGACAAGUUACUCAGACCACGACUACAGAUGAUGUCUUGCAUCCUGGAAGUGUGCAUAAAUGCGAGUGCCGCUUUGGAAGUGCAAGUACAGCAGAUGCGAGUCUGCGUGACAAUUUUGGGGUCGGGACGUGUUUCUUCAGGAUACCUCGACGUUACCGACGUGAUGGCGGAUGAAGAUUUCCACGUGGUCAACUAUCACAUGCAGAGGUGUCCGGGUCUGGAAAGGUGGAGCUCGUCAUGCUUGUCUUGCAUUCCCGGAAAAUCUGUCUUGCAUGUGCUGCAAGCGAGCAGCUUCCUUUCUUAUGCAAAAACGCACUCCCUCAUGCGAAGUCCGUAUGAGAGGGCGUUCUGCAAACUUGUCUCUGUCAUGUUUUCCUGCAUAACAAGGCAGUGUUGUCAUCAUGCACAUUUGAGCAUCAGAAAUUUCCAGAGGACCCAAAUAUGUUUGCAGUGCAUAUCAGCGACAUCAUGCCGAUUACUGCGAUGCGGGAGCAGGUGUUACGAAGUGCACAUAUGUCUGUGCUCGAAGACAUUCCUGAAACGCAUGACAAAUUGGGUUGUAGCACGACGAAAAAGCCUAUGACUUGAUGUAUUUAUCAUGCGUCACAGAUUCAGAUCAUGCUGUUGGCCUCGAAAUCUUGCAUGUCAAAUCCAGAUCUUGAAGACAUAUUUGCAAUGCAUAAAUUUUGCGGUGGUACGACGCUUUGGACUAUCGACUGCAAAUGUGUCUAGGUCUUGAAAAGUGAUGCCGCUGCACCAUCUGGAGUUGUAAAUAAAUCUUUCAUAUUGCAUGACCAACAAAGAACGGCGUUGUGAUGCAAAAACGCAUUUCUACUUGUCUCAAAUGCGCAUCACGCAUUGGGAAGUGUUGUAAAAAUUUGUCAUGCUUCUGCUUGGCAGGGUCAAUCAUUAUCGCCUCCACCCAGCGUCACAAGCUUCCAGACCGACACGUAUUUUCCUUUGAUAUACGCCCGGAAGAUUCGGUGGCCGCGAAGCUCUGCGUGUUCAAGGUGUCCCCGGCGAGCGAUAAAACCAUCGAAACCCUGGUUCCGGCGGGCAUAGCUGACGACGCAAACCCCCUGCUGGUGAACGGAGAAAGUAUCGCGAACCUCUAUGACCUGUUCAAACGUUACAAUCUCAAACGUUACAAUAGAAUCUGGAUUUCGUCUUGCAUGAUGAACAUGACAGAGUCGGACAGCAUUCCACUUUCUGCAAUACAAAUUUCGCCAGAUUGUAGUGCGGAUUGGGACUCCAGAACUUGUCAUGCGCAAUCCUAUGAGAGUUGGCUAGAUCAUGCACUUCUUGCAUCACAGAUUUCCAAAUUCUAUUGUAACGUUUGAGAUUGUAACGUUUGAGCAGGUCAUAACCUCGACGGGAUGCUCUCGGACGCGAUUCUGCAGUACUGGUCCACUUUUCCGACGGUUCCCGGAACGGUGCGCAAACACCCCAAAGCAGCGUACCUGAAGACGUCCAGCCUGGUCGUGGUCCUCGUACUUCCCGACGGGACACGAAAAGCAGCGGCCGGUGUAUUUGACUGGGAGGCAGAGCCAUUUCUCCAUAUCAAAUGCAAAAAUGUCCGGGUCGGCCUGGAUGAAAUUUGUCAUGCAUCUUCUCGCAGACCACGCAGGUGAUCUGGAAUGCUGAUGCUCACAGAGGGAGCACCACAGAUUCAUUUUGUGCGGCCUGCUUGAUGCUUAUUCCGCAUGAGAACCCCACUUACUCCUUACCAGCAACAGGACAUUAGCUCUUGGAGAUGAAACACAAUUUUUUUUUCUAUGAUCAUCGAGACUUCUCAUCAUGACGAGCUACAUCUUUCCAGGAGACCCAGAGGACAUAUUUGCACUAUGCAUAUUCGACGACACCAACAGGAAGGACCAUGCGAUUUUCGCGAGCACAGGAAGGUCCACCUUUGCCGUCUUUGCGGCGCCGACCUGCAGUGGCUCUGUCAACAUUUCGCUGCACAAGAAAGAAAUUCUCCGCGGUAUACUGGGGCGACAAGAUGAACCAAGCGACGACGCUAUCCCGUGGAAAAACGUCCCCAGCCCAGAGUUGUCAUGCGAAUUCGCAGGGUGAGAAUGUCUCUUGUGCUGAGCCCCAUGAGAAGCAUUUUCUAGUUGCGUCUCGGAAUUUGUCAUGCUCCAAUCAGCAUCAUGUGCUAAAUCUGUGAUGCUGCUGAAAUAGCUAUAACAGGAUUACACUUCUACGAGGCCAAACUUGUCAUGCCCAACAGCCAAAGCUUGCUGAUUUGUCUUGCAAAUUCUCCAUCUUGAUUCUGGGGCUGGGACGUUUUUCCACAGGAUAGGCUCAUCCGACAGCGAUCGUAACGGUGCUGGGCCGGCCGCUCCCGCAGCAGACCGCCACCUCGUUCCGCACUGCACGAAACAGAUGCUCAAUGAUCUGGACCCAGAGAAGAAGUUGCUCUUCAGCGACAAGCUGGCCGCGCUGUCGAAACAGCAAUGGCGGGACAAGUUCUGCUGGGGAACAGCGGAAGAGGACACGAUCUACCUCCGCCCGCACCUGGGGGAUGCUCCGGCAAACCUGAAAAACGACACGGAUAUCAGGAGAAAUCUCCCCCCCUCUGCCUCCCUCUGCUCCGAUAGAAAUCUGUGCCACGGGGGGAUGUGCGUGCCCCAUAGGUCGCGUCGGUAUUGCAGCUUGCGACCAACAGCAACACAUCACCAGGCAGAUCCUUACUCGGCUCUCGCGCAUUUGCCUUGUUGCAAGACCGUCGCGAGUGGUGGCCACAUCAAAUCAGAGCCGCGUUUCUAUCUUCAGGGGAUGAAGCAGAUUGCUUCACUAUGGGGAGGGGGGACUUUUGCUCAUGAUAACAGAGGAGAAAAAGCAGGCUGCGAAAUACGGGCAGCUGCUCCACGAGCGCAACCAGAAAGUGUGGGCGGGCUGGCCGAGGACUAAGAAGAAAAAGAAGAAGAAGAAUAUGACCUGCUCAGGUGUACUCUGCAGUCUCAAGCGUUACAACAGAAGCGGAAAGCUGCAAGCAGAAAUCUGUAUAACAUGCAGAAAGUGCAUAAUCAUCUAGCGUGCUUCGACGGAGGAUUUGCGCAUGACAAGCUCCCUAGCUGCCGCCCCCCUGUGAAUUCAUAAUCCCCGGUGAAAUAACGUUAACGGCCAAGAUUGUGUACUACGUUGGUCAUGCUCUGCUCACGCAACACAAAAUCGAAAUUGCGAUUGUAGCGCUUGAGACUGUAGCAAUUGAUCAAGCCAUAGCCAUGAAAAAACGGAACGUGUUGGACGAGGAAGACGAGGACGACGAGGAUAUGCGUCGCAAUUUUGUCUAGGUCUGGACGCCUGCAACUUGUGAUGCGCGUUUCGGAUGCUAAACAGAAUCUGUAUUGCAUGAGCAGCAAGAAAACAGGAGUCCAGUCGCUUAUACUAGCUGCGAGGAGUUAUGGGCAUUUGUUCUCAUGCGGAAUAGGCAUUUGGUGAGAAGCCCUCAAAAUAAGACGAAAAUCUGUGGUGCUAGGUUGUAUAUCAUCACAGGCAUUAUAAUCGGUCAUGAAAAAUGUGCAUUACAGACGUUCACUAUAUCUUUCAGAUCCAGGCAUAGUUGCAGUUGAUACACGAAGAGACGGAGCAAGUCUUGGAGGACGGUCCACUCGUAAUGAACGACAACUUCGUAUGAGAGUGCACAACUCUUCCUUCUUCUCAUUUGUGUAGCAUGUAUCAACAGCAGCACACACAAUAAGAGUGAAAAAGGGACUUGUUCCGCAUGACAAAUCUGCAAACGGAUUCUAGUACUGUGUUAGGUUCCAAAAUUUCUCAUGCAGACAAUGCUUAAAGUUGUCAACAUGUGGGGUUUGUAUUUUGCAUUACAGAUGCCGGGGAAGAGGUGGGGUUGCGCACUUUCAUACUUCUACGAAAUGUCGGAGUUCGAGCAGAGCGCGGAACAGGAUAAGGACUGCAAAUAUGUCUGCGUCGGGAAAGAUGUGAUGCUGAAUUGCGGAUGAUAAACAGCACCCCUUCCCGCAUGCAGAAGUCGAGCAUGACGAGCUUGCAGAACGGUUUGCCUUUGUCAUACGCAGUCCGCAGAUGAAGGUGCGGCUUCGUACGAUAAAACAGGAGGCUACGAGUUUAUUAUGUUGGUCAUGCAAUACAGAUUGUUCACAGGAAUAGAAACUGGGCACGACAAGUUCGAACUUUCCCGACCGCCCAGACAUAUUUGCAAUGCAUACAGGAUGGUGUGGAGCAAGAAGACGGUGAGCGCGAAGAUAGCGUCCAUGAGAACAGCGAUGUCGCAGCUAUGGAGUUCUCACGCGGUACAUGAUUUGCACUGAUGCAAAAUUGCCAUCACUCAACAACACGACCAUCAAGCUAUUUAUUCGCAUGACAAAUUCAAAUUCUCGCAGCGCUGCUCAGUCCCGGCGUGGAGACAAGUAUAAUUAUCCGUUGGUCAAAUUUGAAUUUGUAGGCUCAAGACGAGCAGACUUUUUCGACACUUUUGCCAUUCUCACAGCACAAAUUGCUCGUCGUGAUGUCACGGCUGACACUGUCAACACGUGUGAGAACUCCAUAGCAGGCGCCCCAGCACCGGUCGACGCGGUGGCAGUGCCCGAGGAGGAGGGAGGCGCGGUCGACGAUGAUGCCGAAUCGGUGUACGAGGGGUGGUGGCAGGAGUCCGACUACCUAGUGCAAACAUGUCGGAGUCCUCGGGAAAAGUAGUCGUGCAACGAGUGCAGUUCGUGUGAAUGACUAAUAUCACUGAGUCCAGAGUUAUUUUUUAUGUAGCUGUUGGAGCGGUAACGCAGUGUCCAGUGCGUAGAUGCACCAAAAGCUGGCACGUUUUUGCAUGACAAAGGACCACCUGUCUCCAGCUAUUUUUACACAGCAAUGUGCAUACCAGAGUAGAUCAGGAGCAUGGCAGAUCAGCUUGGCAGGUCUUUCACUAUUCGAAGAACCCCAGACAUAUUUGCAAUCCAUACUGACCAGGACGAAGAGAACCAGAAUUUUUACUUCCCCGGCACAAUGAUAUGAGAGUGCGUAACCGCCCCUCCUGCACCAACUUAUUUGUCAUGCAAAAUCAGUACCAAAUCGGAGGUGCUACUUUGGAAUCCCCACUAGCAAAAAAAGCCUUGUGUCGAUUUGACUCAUGGUCAUGCAAAGCCUGUACUGUUCUUGGUGGGGCUUAGGCUUUUGCUGCUGUUUAUGUCAUUGCUGGAAGGCGGAGUAGUUGCGCACCCUCAUAGAUGAAGAGGACGAAUUUGAAUAAGCAACAGAGACUGCCGUUUCGCGACCCCGCUGCACCUCCCGCUCCACCCGCCCAAGCAGGACCGCAGCAGCAGGAGUUUUUGCUCCCGCAUAUCUUACACAAAAGGCACACCCAUGCCAGAAAAAAAGAUCAGGCUAUUGGCACUUGAGUAAAAAAGGAGCGUCGCCUGGGCUGUUCGACAUGACAAACUUUUUCGCUUACAUCUCUAACCCCUCGCCUGCCGUAGUGCAGCAAAAAGCUGGAUAUAUUUUCUCCACGACAAAGCAGUGUGUCUCUUGCGGUCUCCGCAUUUUUGCAGACUUUUGUUGAUGCAGUGCUGGUAACUGGGCAACAUAAAUUUGAUCCUUUUCUGGUAGCGGCGUACUUUUCUGUGGGAAACCCGAAGAGCCAGAUGCAGCUAUGCGGUAGAAGAUCAUGCAGUCCCAGGCCAGACACAGCUUGAAGCAAGAGGUUGCUGAGCCGCUGAAUUUUUGGCGUGAAAACGUCUGUGGAGACUCAUCUAGCCGGCUACUUACCUGUAGUCUUCUCAAGAUAGUUUUUUAUCGUUCAAUCAGCGUCGAAAUUCAUUCGAUGUCUAUCCCUUGGUCUUCGGGCAUCCACCAGAUGACCGCUUCGCGAGUGCAAAGCGUAACGAGCUACAACGAAUUGUCUCCGGAAUAGAUGAUGUCAGGAAAUGUAGCGAAGUAUAGAAAAGUAGACGCUUUGUGAUACACAUCUGGAAUUGUUGUC